AUGGAGACCCAUAACAUACAGUCGAAGACUAUGGAGAAUAAUCAAAAACCACUAUUAACCGCCGACAUGGCAGUUGGUACUGUUACUGUUGAGGCUCCCUUCGAUGAGCUCAAGAAAGGCAGGGUGUUGAUCCUCAAUGGAUUUCCAGGCACGGGAAAAACAAGUAUUGUGAAUAACCUCAAAGAACGACUCCCCGGCCAGAAGAUCCAGAUAGUCGACAGCCCAAUAAUGGCCGGACAAUUUUGCGCUCAUCCAUAUAAGCGAGGGUGUCGAUCUGCCUACCUUCAUGAGAUCCGAAGAUUGGCAGACCAGGGCUACACUAUCCUGGUGACAGCUUCUCUGGCGAACAACAUAUCGAGCCAACAAGUCAUCGAAGACAUUAUUGGAAUCGUCUCCGGGAAAGACAUCCCCCUGUUCUGGAUCAACAUCAGCCGCCAAGAGGUUGUACAAGAUCAACAAAUAUCGAACUCGACCCGGUUAGCGAACGACGAGUCGAAGACAGAAAAGCCUGAUGUCUUGCCUGCUACCGCCGAGCAAGGUCAACUUGUUCUUCCCUCAAGCCUAGGGCAUAAGCUGGAUGGGAUCAGCAUGAUCACUCGAGUGAUGAAUAUGGGGAAUGGCAUCGAGGAGGCAGUCAGGAAGGUAUCGGAGGUGAUGGCCCGAGAGGAAUGA